GAGAGAGAGAGAGAGAGAGAGAGAGCGGGAGCAAAAGAGCGAGCCGGAAAGCGCCAGCUUCAUUCCUUUACAGUGGUGCCUCCGUCUCCGCAGUGCGCGUCGUACGUCACCGCUCCAUCUCCACGCUCGCGGCACAAUUUCUGCAAACAGUCUCUGUGUGUUUUUCUUCUUCUUUUUUUUUUUUUUUUUUGGAGAAACUCUGCCUACCCGCCCAAGUUUCUCGGAUUCCCACAAGGACAACGGUGGCCUUGAUCGCUCGUGCGUGCAGGUGCGAGCCCAUGCAGACGGCGGAGAGAAUGUCCCUGCAGGAGGGAAACGCCAGCGAGUCGGAGGCGUCCGGCUGCGUGGAGCUGUGGAAUAUCAGCGUGGAAUUGACCGGCUUCAACGCGAGCUGCGCCAACCGAUCCACAGUCCCGAAAUCCAACAACAGACCCAAAGAGAUGGACACUGUGCGCAUCGUGCUGUACACGCUCAUCUUCCUGCUCAGCGUCUUCGGCAACCUGCUCAUCAUCGUCGUGCUGCUUCUCAACAAGCGCAUGAGGACGGUCACCAACUCCUUCCUGCUGUCGCUUGCCAUCAGCGACCUGAUGAUGGCCAUCUUCUGCAUGCCCUUCACGCUCAUCCCCAACAUACUAAAGGACUUCAUCUUUGGGGCCGCCAUGUGCAAGACGGUGGCCUACUUCAUGGGGCUCUCGGUCAGCAUUUCCACCUUCAGUCUGGUGGCUAUCGCCAUCGAGCGAUACAGCGCCAUCUGCAACCCGCUGAAGUCCAGAGCGUGGCAGACGCGAUCCCACGCAUACCGCGUCAUCGCCGCCACCUGGGUGCUGUCAUUGCUCAUCAUGAUUCCCUAUCCGGUGUUCAGCAUCAUCAAGACGUUCCCCAAGGCCAACGGCACCGUGGGCCACAUGUGUCGCCUCACAUGGCCCAGUCACCACGCCGAGCAAAGUUGGUACGUGCUCCUGCUGUUCAUUUUGUUCUUCAUCCCGGGAGUGGUGAUGGCCGUAGCCUACGGCCUGAUCUCCAGGGAGCUUUACCGGGGCAUGCGCUUUGAAAUGAAGCAGAACCAAGCGGAGACCACCGAGCUGAGAAACGGCACCGCGGCCGAUUCAAACGACGAGGGCGACGACGGUUGCUACGUUCAGGUUCCCAAAAAGUCCUCCGCCGUGGAGCUGCCCGCCCUCCCCAACUCGGCGUCGUCAUCCACCGCCGCUUCGGCGCCGCCCAAAACCGAGCGGGCGCGCAGCAACGCCUCCGACGCCAAGUUGCAGGCCAAAAAGCGGGUCAUCCGCAUGUUGCUGGUGAUCGUGGCGCUCUUCUUCGUCUGCUGGAUGCCGCUGUACUGGGCCAACACCUGGAAGGCUUUUGACUUGAAGGCGGCCUCCGGCGCCCUGACGGGGAUCCCCAUUUCCUUCAUCCACCUGCUGUCGUACACGUCCGCCUGCGUCAAUCCCGUCAUCUACUGCUUCAUGAACACCCGUUUCCGCAAAGCCCUGCUGGCCACCUUGGCCCGCUGCCGUCGCAACCGCCUGUGCCGCGGGUGCUGCCCGUCCCUGCUGGAGGCCGCAGAGGACGGCACCACGGGCUAUUCCAUGGCCACCACCAUGGCCACUUCCGUGUCAAAGUACAGCAACACCACCGUCGGCUCCACGCCCACCUGAGGCGACGCCGGCGGCGAGCGCUGCGCCCGUUUGCGCUUUCUGUUCAUUCAUCGAGUUGUCUGCCGAGCAAUUUUUUUUUUCCUCAUACCGAGAGCAUGUUGUAGAAUGUCAGACUGAACGCGCCUGUUGAAUCGGCAGCAAUUGCGUCGUCAUCCUGAAGAAAAGUGCCUAACUUUAUUUAUUGCUUUUUUUGUUUGUUUGUUUGUCAAAUGGAUUCUGACACCAAAAUGAAUCAACCGAGGGCCCUCCGCUCCACGAGUUUCUUGUAUGCUAUGAUCGCUUUAGGUGGACUGGAUCUUGUGGCGGGCAAUGGGCAAUGGGCAAUGGGCAAUGUACAUUUUAUGGUACGCGCUGCCGUGGCGGAGGAAUCGGAGGGAUUUGCUCAUUGACGACGUUUGCCGUCGGUGUUGGAAACUUCAGUGAAAAAGCCAAAAAUUUAUUUCAUGAAUUAACGGUGGCUGGAGUUUACUGGCUGCAGUACACCCAACCACCACUAGGGGCAACACUUUCUUUUCAAUUCAAAAAGCCUAAAACCCCUUCAACCGAGGGCAAGUUUGCCAAAUAUGCCCGUGGAAAGAUAAGAUAAGAUAAGAGAAGCAUUUAUUAGUCUCGCAAUGGAGAAAUUCCCAAUUCACAGCAGCAAAGUUAUCAAAGGAAGAAGUAGAACAACAAAAUAUAGGAGCUGCUGGAAAGGCAGCCACUCUCGCGGCGCCAUUUUGAAGUCAAAAUAACAGAAAUAACACAAGACAACACUUAGGACACAGACAGUCGUUCAAUCUUCACCAAUUUUCUGCAUACACUUUGUUGUCUGAAGCAGUUCUAGAUGAAAGAGAGGAUCAAAGUGUCCUUUCUCCAGUGGAUCAGAGACGUCAUGCUGAAAAUGUGCACACGUCUGCUACAAGCUAAGUUUUGAAAGCAAACACAAAGCUGUAGCAUCCAUUGACGAAAAGAGAUUAGUUCACUUCUCCUGUCCCACGUAAUCCGCUUCAAACUCCAAGCCGCGACUCCCAGCUCCAAAUCCAUUUAGGCAAAAGGUAAAACCUCACACCCGGCCCGGUUGCUCGUCAUGAGGAAUCGAUCCGUCAACGGCUGUACAAAAGUCGGCUAUGUAAACCGCGAUACUAUCGAGAGCCUUCCGGUGGAUCCGAAUACUCAACAUGUGCUCCUUUUGCAUGCUUGUUGUCUGUAAAGUCUGGACACGAAACCCUCCCCCCCCCCGCAAAAAAAAGUGCAGCGUCAACCCGAUUUGCGUCAUUCGCAAUGCUGAUGCGUACCGCAAAAUAUUUGUGACCUGGAUGCAAGAAAUCCACACGGCCUACAAUUUCAAUGCAUCCAACUCCGUAUUUGUUUUAGUCGAUAAAUUGGAAUUGAACCUUGGCGUCCAUAUCGUCUCUUUCGUCCUUUGACAAAGCCAAGCGUCAUUAUUAUUAUUAUUUUUUUUCAAACCCUCCAUGGAUCAACCGUUGAAAGGAAAAAGGAUCUACUUUUACUUCAGACUUUACCGACAACCUGUAGAUCAGGUGUGUCAAACUAAUUUUUUGUUGCGGGCCGCUUCGAAGUUACGGCUUCACUCGGAAGGCCGGCGCAAAAUUUACAACGUUAUUUAUGACCAAGAAAAUUUGACAUUUUAACAAGAAUCAUGAAAGUUGACACACAUGAUUUGCUCCCGCGGGCCACAUAAAAUAACGCAGGGGGCCCGGAUCUGGCCCGCGGGCCUCGACUUUGACACCCGUGCUGUAGAUUGUUAAAAAAAAUAAAA